GGUUACUUCCUUAGAAUUGGAAUUACUUAAUUAUCGUAGUGUAUGGUAUUUGUGAAAAGACAAUGGUGUUUAAAUUAGUACGCAUUGAUGCGGAAGAGCCGAAUAAAAUUCAGCUACCGCUAGGAACACAUUUAAUAGGAAGAGGAAAAUUUCUCGAUUGCGAAGAUAAGCGAAUAUCGAGAAACCAUGGUCAUCUAAUCAUAACAGGGACCAGUGUAGUCGUAGAGGCGCUGCACCAAAACCCCUGUUUCUUCACAAAAAAGGGUUCAGAAGAAAAGCAAGUGUUAAAAAAGUCCUGUAAAGAAAUACUUGAGAAUGGUGACAAAUUUGGGCUCUUGCCAGGCUCCUACUGGUAUGAGGUGUUGCACUGCACCACGGAAACUGACAGUCAAGCGACUGAUGUGUCAAACACAGAAGAACUUGACCCGGGUGAAGAUAAAACUGAUCAGGAUAGGCAGAUAGAUCAAACAUUAAAUACAGAAAACGUUAAUUCAAAGUCAAAUGUUAACAUGGAAAUAAAGAAUGAGGAAAAUAAUGAGGAUUCUGUAUUGAAUUUUGAUUUAAACGAAACAGUAGGAAAUGCUGGAAGACCUGAAUCACCAUCAUUACUAGACCAACAAAAUGAACAAAAUUCACCUCAGCAACAAGUAGAGCCUUCAAGUCCAACCACCACAGAGCAAACAGACCCACCUGAACCCACAGUUCCCACAGACCCACUGGAACCUACAGCUCCCAAAGACCAGCCAGUACCCACAGCUCCCUCAGACUCACCUGAACCUACAACUCCCACAGACCAGCCAGAACCCACAGCGCCGACUGACCCACCUGAAUUACCAGAAGUUAAAACGGAAGAGGAAUCAACAGUAUCACCACCUAAAAGAAGUCACAGUCCAGAAGGGGAUGAUGGUAUUAAGAGGAUAAAGACGGAGCCGGCAGACGUUAAAGAAGAGGUGUUGGUGAAGCAGGAGCCUGAUGCUGGUGAUGGGGCGGGACCCAGCAGUGGUGGUCAAGCUAGCGCAUCUGACGCCAACGGAAAGGCGCCACCGAGUCCGGCGCCACCGCGGGAACGCUGCAUGUAUGGGGCUGAUUGCUAUAGACGGAACCCGGUCCACAAGGCGCAGUUCGCGCACCCCCGGGACUCGGACUGGGGCUCGGGCGCGCAGGCGCCGUGCCCGUACGGCGCGGCGUGCCGCAAGCGCGACCCGCGCCACUGGCGCCUGCACUCGCACCCGCCGCACGCGCGCAUGCCACACCCAGGUGCGCAGGUCGUGGAAAGGCACGGGAACGUGUUCUACAUCAACGCUCACGCGGUCAACUUUUACGACGAUCACUUCCAAGUUGAAGACGAUGACGGGGACAGCGUCGACUUCGAUUAUGAGUUCUGUCAAAGGCCGAAAGCGAAAAAGCGCCAGCGGCCAUCCCAAUCAGGGUCUGACUCUGACCCUGGAUCUGGAAGCCCUGGGUCCCCACAGAACCUGAUUCUAACUAAAAGGGCCCGGAAGCCUCUGCCCAAGAUGGACCCCCAGGAUUCGGAGGAUGAAGACCCGUUCGCGAGCGAUGGUAGCGAUGAUUGGGUACCGCCGUCUGAUUACACUGAGACGCAGGAUUAUUAAUGAUUGUUAUUAAAUGCUGUGACG